AUGUCGGACCAUGAGUUUGGCGGAAGCAACGAUGACCUAUCGCUGCCCAAAGCUACCGUUCAGAAGAUUGUCAGCGAAAUAUUGCCACCGCAGACAGGCGUCUCUUUCGCCAAGGAGGCUCGUGACCUGCUCAUAGAAUGCUGUGUCGAGUUCAUCACCCUCAUCUCGUCCGAGGCCAACGAGAUCUCCGAGAAGGAAGCGAAAAAGACCAUUGCCUGCGACCACAUCACCAAGGCGCUAGAACGCCUGGGCUUUUCCGACUACGUGCCCGCCGUGCUGGAGGCGGCGGCCGAACACAAGGAAACGCAAAAGGGGCGAGAGAAAAAGGCAGACAAGUUUGCCAACAGCGGGCUGUCUAUGGAGGAGCUCGCUCGGCUGCAGGAAGAGCAAUUCGCCGCGGCCAGACAGCGCCACACAUGA